AGUGGUCCCAAAACUCCUAACGGAAUAGUCACUACGAAAUGAAAUGCUUGUGUUGCUUGUUGCUGGCGGUGGCAGUGUCCACCGUUCACGCGCGUUCCGAGUCUUACAGUGAAGAAUUGUUUGUCAAACCUUUGGCCACCGGAUUCGUGUAUUCGUUCUUUCAGUUCACUGUUGUCCGUGAAGGUGGCUCGUUCAGCCACUCCGACCUAGUGCCACACUCCCUGGGCGACAUCAUUGACAGGUUCCGCGUCGCUGAGCUACAUAUUGACCUUACGUCUGGUUUGUGGAGGCACAAGUCGUGGGGCUAUCCAGCCGUGGACGCUCCAUCUGGUGCUGAGAUAUCUGCUCGUUUUCAUAAUGACACACAGGAUGUAAACAAAAAUUGGUACGGCCUGACUAAUGCUUUGUCCGGUUUGUUGUGUACAUCAUUGAAUUUCAUCAAUAGUGCUAACAGUUACGAGUCGUCUGCCGACAGAUUUUACCGAUACUCAAACCUGCCACGGGAGAACGUCUGCACUGAGAACUUAACUCCCUGGAAAAAAUUGCUGCCCUGUGACUCGACCCGUGGUCUGUCUAGCCUUUUGAACUCAGGCCGUGUACACAAUGCCAACUACCACUCACUAGGAAUUCAUUUUAGGCCAUUGUGUAACAACACAAGUAAAUCUUCUAAAUAUGAACUGCGUCAGACCGUUUCCUUGGUAUAUGAUUCGGUUUUCAUUAGUGCCAAUAAUAAAAAUUAUGAUUGGUCUCUCCGCAAGAUGUUUGGUACUGGACUGUUCAGAACAUGUCCUCUAGCUGAUUACAGUAAAAUCUAUAUUGACACUUCGGCAAAUAAUAGUGUCCCAUAUGUACUUUCGCAAAACCCAGACUAUUUUUUAAAAGAAAAUAUUGCUGUUUAUAAUCUUAAUGGUAUAUUUCACCUGUCUGCUGUGAUGCCUCGGCCAAAAGUAGUUGUUUCCGAUUUGAAACCAAUACUGUACACAGACAGAUUUAUCACCGGAUUUGGACAAGAAUAUGGAGGACUGGUCACUCGUAUUUAUAAUGAACACAGAUUGCCUGUAAUCGUCACUGUUAUAGAAAAUAUACCGUGGUUUUUACCAAUUUAUUAUCAUACACUGAGAGUAACAAGCAAUGGUGUUUGUGUUAUGCCCAAAGCUUUAAUCUAUAAACCUGGCAAAGGAAGAAUGCAAAUCUAUUAUUUAGAAAUAGUUUUAGAGUUACCAUCACAUUCGAUAACAGAAAUAUCUGUACAAUUUGACUAUGUGUUUUUGAAGUGGCAAGAGUACCCACCAGAUGCUAAUCAUGGGUUUUAUAUUGGUUCGGCUAUAGUAAAAGCCUCAAUUCCAAGAAAUUCCACAUCUCUGACAUUCGACAAAUCUUUAAUAAUUGAUAACCUUAACUCAUCAGAUUCGUCUGAUUCUGAUUAUUUGAUCAUUUUAAAAACAGAAAAUUUUAUAAUUACAUUGCCUACGCCUGAUUUCAGUAUGCCUUAUAAUGUUAUAUGUUUAGCUUGUACAGUGGUUGCUCUGGCGUUUGGUCCAAUUCACAAUAUUACCACUAAAAGGUUGAAACUGACAACUGCAAAGUAUGUCCCUGGUUUGGCCUCUGUUGUCCAAAAGUCUUAUUUAUGGCUGGAAAAUAUGGUGUGCUACAAGAAUGCGAAUAAAGUUGGAAAAGCAACAUCAGUUAGAGUCUUUACCCCCGAAGAAUUAAGUUAUCAUCCUACAUUAGGCCAUGUGUCUGAAGAAUUUAUGAAGAAUCAAGUAGCCUGUAAAGAAUCAUAAUAUAUUAUGAU